AUGAAGAAGCAGGCCCGGAGCUUCAGCUACCGCCCAAGUUCAUGCAGCUGGCGUCUGACACAGCUGGGCCUCUUCACUCCUGCUUCCAUUCUCUGCCUGCACCCCGCCAACCACUUCUCACUCUGUUCUGGUCCCUCUCUCUGGGUCCCAGCUCUGCAGGGCAGGGCUCAGCCGUGGGGUGCCGAGUGGAUGUCGGCUCCCUCCCCAGCUCAGAUGGCCAGCGCAUCUGCUUCUGCAGCACACGGACCCCUCCCACAGAGCCCUCCCCUCCACGGGAGCUGACUCAUGCCACCUCUGAGGCCACAGAGGAUCUGGCAGGAUGAAGAAAUGGGGGAGCUCAGACUUACGGGAAUCUCAGGACCUGUGUCAAGAGGACUCCUGCCCAGAGCCCCUAGAUGGAGACCCUAACUCCAGGCCAGCUCCAGCCAAGCCCCACAGCUUCCCUGCGGCCAAGGGCCACAGCCGGCUCUUUGGAAAGGGUGAUUCGGAGGACACAUCCCUCAUGGACUGCUCUUAUGAGGAAGGUCAGCUGGCAUCCUGCCCGGCCAUCACAGUCAGCCCUGUUGUCACCGUCCAGAGGCCUGGGGAUGGUCCCACCUGUGCCAGGCAGCCAUCCCAGGACUCUGCUGCCGAGAACCUCAAGCUCUAUGACCGCAGGAAGAUCUUCGAAGCAGUUGCUCAGAAUGACUGUGAAGAGCUGGAGAGCCUGCUGCUCUUUCUGAAGAAGAGCAAGAAGCAUCUCACGGACAGCGAAUUCAAAGACCCGGACACAGGGAAGACCUGCCUGCUGAAAGCCAUGCUCAACCUGCACAAUGGGCAGAACGACACCAUCCCCCUUCUCCUGGAGAUCGCCCGGCAGACGGACAGCCUGAAGGAGCUGGUCAACGCCAGCUACACAGACAGCUACUACAAGGGCCAGACGGCACUGCACAUUGCCAUCGAGAGACGGAACAUGGCACUGGUGACCCUCCUGGUGGAGAACGGGGCCGACGUCCAGGCCGCGGCCAAUGGGGACUUCUUUAAGAAAACCAAAGGGCGGCCAGGCUUCUAUUUUGGUGAGCUGCCCCUCUCCCUGGCUGCGUGCACCAACCAGCUGGGCACCGUGAAGUUCCUGCUGCAGAACUCCUGGCAGUCGGCCGACAUCAGUGCCAGGGACUCGGUGGGCAACACUGUGCUGCACGCGCUGGUGGAGGUGGCUGACAACACGGCCGACAACACCAAGUUUGUGACGAGCAUGUACAAUGAGAUUCUGAUCCUGGGGGCCAGACUGCACCCUGCGCUGAAGCUGGAGGAGCUCACCAACAAGAAGGGGCUGACGCCGUUGGCUCUGGCCGCCAGGAGUGGGAAGAUCGGGGUCCUGGCCUAUAUUCUCCAGAGGGAGAUCCAGGAGCCCGAGUGCAGGCACCUGUCCAGGAAGUUCACCGAGUGGGCCUACGGGCCCGUGCACUCCUCACUGUACGACCUGUCCUGCAUCGACACCUGUGAGAAGAACUCAGUGCUGGAGGUGAUUGCCUACAGCAGCAGUGAGACGCCUAACCGCCAUGACAUGCUUUUAGUGGAGCCGCUCAACCGCCUUCUGCAGGACAAGUGGGACAGAUUCGUCAAGCGCAUCUUCUACUUCAACUUCUUCAUCUACUGCCUGUAUAUGAUCAUCUUCACCACGGCCGCCUACUACAGGCCUGUGGAAGGCCGGCCUCCCUUUAAGCUGAAACACACCGUUGGGGGCUAUUUCCGAGUCACUGGAGAGAUUCUUUCUGUAGCAGGGGGAGUCUACUUCUUUUUCCGAGGGAUUCAAUAUUUCCUGCAGAGACGGCCAUCACUGAAGACCUUAUUUGUGGACAGCUACAGUGAGAUGCUUUUCUUCGUGCAGUCGCUGUUCAUGCUGGGGACCGUCGCGCUAUACUUCUGCCACUGCAAGGAGUACGUGGCCUCCAUGGUUUUCUCCCUGGCCAUGGGCUGGACCAACAUGCUCUACUACACCCGUGGCUUCCAGCAGAUGGGCAUCUAUGCUGUCAUGAUUGAGAAGAUGAUCCUGAGAGACCUGUGUCGCUUCAUGUUUGUUUACCUCGUUUUCUUAUUUGGGUUUUCCACAGCGGUGGUGACACUGAUUGAGGAUGGGAAGAAUGACUCCGUGUCGGCUGAGUCGACGUCACACAGGUGGCGAGGUCCUGGCUGCCGGCCAUCCGACAGCUCCUACAACAGCCUGUACUCCACGUGUCUGGAGCUGUUCAAGUUCACCAUCGGCAUGGGAGACCUGGAGUUCACGGAGAACUAUGACUUCAAGGCUGUCUUUGUCAUCCUGUUACUGUCCUAUGUGAUUCUCACGUACAUCCUCCUGCUCAACAUGCUCAUUGCCCUCAUGGGUGAGACGGUCAACAAGAUCGCACAGGAGAGCAAGAACAUCUGGAAGCUGCAGAGAGCCAUCACCAUCCUGGACACGGAGAAGAGCUUCCUUAAGUGUAUGAGGAAGGCCUUUCGCUCAGGCAAGCUGCUGCAGGUGGGGUACACAGCUGACGGCAAGGACGACUACAGGUGGUGUUUCAGGGUGGACGAGGUGAACUGGACCACCUGGAACACCAACGUGGGCAUCAUCAAUGAAGACCCGGGCAACUGUGAGGGCAUCAAACGCACCCUGAGCUUCUCCCUGCGGUCGGGCCGAGCUGCAGGGAGGAACUGGAAGAACUUUGCCCUGGUUCCCCUCUUAAGAGAUGCAAGUACUCGAGAAAGACACCCUGCCCAGCCUGAGGAAGUUCAUCUGAAGCACUUCGCGGGGUCCCUCAAGCCAGAAGAUGCCGAUAUCGUCAAGGAUUCUGCUGCUUUAGGGGAGAAGUGA